GUUUAAUGAGAACGUGACACAUAUUUUUCUAUCAAAAUAUUUAAUUUUCAAGCAAUUUUAGGUUUUAAUUUAGUUUGUUUUUUAUGUCCAGCUUUAAGAAUGCCCCUAAAAGAAUAUCAACUACUAAAGAAAAACAAACGUCUUCGAAGAAAAAGAUUAUUGAAGAUGAAGAGGCUCGCAAAAAAUCCAAGGAAGAGAAAAUAUCGAAAGAAGAUAAGGAAUCAACUAGUAAACCAAAGAUAGCUUCAACCAGAAAGAAUGAUGAAAAACCAAUACGAUCAACCACGACAAUGGCAUCUAAAAAUAAAACUUCUAAUUUAGGCAAAUCAAAAACAUCAUCAUCAACCGCAACUACAAGCAACAGUAGAGUAAAAACUACGCAAUAUUUCCCAAGCAAAAAUUUAUUUUCAAACGCACUUAAAUCAGUAGAAAAAGCAAAAACAAUUCCCAAAAAUACCACUACAAAAUCAACAACUCCUCGAAUUAUUAAAGUUGAAAAACCAACCCCUCGAGUAGCAUCGUUGAAAAAAAUUACAUCCUCAACAAAUAAUAGUCCAAAACUAGAUAAAAAAAUCAUCAAAUCCAAUAGAGAUUCUUCACCAGAAACAAAUUCAAAGUUAGAAAGACCUAGAACUGCUACGUUAAGUAAAGGCAUUAUUGUGAAUGAAAAUAUUGUAGGACCAGAAGCACCAAAAGUAAUCAAAAGUGAAAUUAGAGAAACUGAAAAUCAAGAAGAUGAAAAAAAUUCCUAUGAAGAUGACUUUGAAUCCUAUGAAUCAGAUUUUGAAGCAGCCAGUUCUAGUGACAAUAUUCCAUCUGGAUCCACUAGUAGUUCAACUAGUACAAGUGAAGAUAAUAUUAUGGAAACUUCUACGAUAAAAGAUAAUAAAUCGAGACUUUCUUCGGCAGGUACCGAGGGAGAACGUAAAUUAGAUUCAGGAACAUUCGAACUAUCAGAUUUCAAACACAGACAAAUAAUGAGGUACAUCGAAGACACUGUAAAAAAAGAAGAUGCCAUCAUAGAACACGAAGCCAAAUGCAGUCAUCAUUCAUUAUCAGACGAAGGCUUCGAGGAUCAAAAAUCUUUACAAUUUAUAAACUUUGCGGCUGCAAAAAAAGUUUGCGAAAAGCGCAAAGCCAGUGCAGCAAGAAGGAAAAGAGGCGAAGAGUUGUUGAGCAUGAUAAAGCUUGACUCGAUAAAUUUUACGAUAUUUGAUUCGCCCUCGGUGCCUUAUGAAGAUUUCAUUACGAAUUAUGGUAAAGGAAAUAUGGUGCAAGUAUCUUCGCAAACUGGCGAGGAUGCUAUCGAUGAGGAAAUUCAAACAGAACCAAUCAAAUCAAUUGAUAAAUGGACUCAAAUGCCUAAUGAAUUUUCUACAUUUGAUUUUGGUAGUGAUGAAGCUGAAUUUUGGAAACAAUAUAAAUGUGAAUAUAAAGGUGUUGGUGGUGGUAACGAGGAUGUUGCCAAGGAUUAUAAUGAAAAUCGUUUAGUUGAAUUUCUGAAGCGCUGUGAAGAUCUAAUAUUGCGUAUUUUUUCAGAAGAAAUUUUGAGCAAUAUAAACAAUUUACAACAAAACAAACAGAAUUUGCCUUUUAGCAAUGGCUAUUUGGAGUUUAAUACUGUUGAUUACACUAAAGUGAGAAAUAUCACAAUACAUCCCAAGAAUAUUAGAAAAGUUUUAACAGUGCAUUUAAGUAAUGAAACUGACACUAUAAAAUCCAUAGUUUGUAUUUGGGAUAUUGAUGAUUUGGAUAGUCCUAGAACUAUUUUGGGUUCGUUUGGGGAAGUAAGCUGUGCCGCUUUUUUGUUGAAUGAUGAUAAAUAUGUUUGUGGAGGGCAAGAUGAUGGGGCUGUUCUGGUUUGGGACGUUAAAAAAAACUACAAGCAAUACAGCAUUUUAAAUAGGACUCCUGUGUUUAUUACCCCACUCGGAUCUGGGCAUGUUUCAAAAGUAACUUGCGUGCAACCAAUUCAAGAUGAUCAAGAUAAUGAAAUUUGCACACUAGAUGAAUCAGGAGUAAUAAUAAUAUGGACUUUAUACUCUAACGCUGACUCGCUAGUACUAAUAAAUAAUCAGAUCAUAGAUCUACAAAAUCAAUACCCUCACCUACCGGAUAUUUUAUGCAACGAUUGUAUCAUCAUGAACAAUCACAUUUACAUAUCGAGCAGUUAUGGAUUUAUUUUUCAUCAUCUGAUUAGAAGUAACCAGAAUUCAAUCAAGAUGUUUAUUCCUGAAUCUAACAUUGAUGCAAUCUGCCUAGAAAAGUGCCCAUUCUCGUCAUCCCAUUUCAUGGCGGGAUACUCGAACGGUGAUAUUUCCUUAUUCUCCAACCUUACCGAGCGACCUUUAUUGGUUCUACAAAACAAAGAACAAAUUGAUAGCUCUGGCGUUCAGCUAAUUCAAUGGUCGCAAACCAAUCCGUUUAAAUUUUACGCUAAAGAUUCCAAAAACACUAUCCACAUUUGGGAUUUGAGCAAAAGCGACAUGUAUCCGGAAUAUUCGAUAGAGUUUCCGGAGACGAUUUGCUCUAUGAAGUUGUCACCUGCUGUGAAUAUCGAAAGGAAGGAAUUAGCUUAUAUGUUAAUCGGCACAGAUCAUGGUAAAAUAUAUUUGCAUUUGCUACGAGACGACUAUGAUGGCCAAGAAUCUGAUUUGUAUAAAAAACAAGUCAAAAUAUUUUUAAAUUAUGUUAAUCGUUUGUAGGUAAUAAUAGGGUUUUUACAAUAAAAUUAUGUUGAAU